AAUCAGCGCCCGUCAGUCCACCCCGCGAGCCCUCAGCCGCGCGAGCGCCCUAGGCCCGUGGAGGUGGGCGGGGAGGUGGGCGGGGUGUCCUCGCGGUGGGCCCGCCCCCUUUCCGGACCGCCCCGCGCCGCACCUCCUACCCAGGUCUGGCCGGAAGGUGGGAGUCUGAAGAGCGCAGAGUUGAGCACCGAGCCUGAGAGCCCGCCGCCUGCGCCAGGAUGGAGUUCGUCAAGUGCCUAGGCCACCCCGAGGAGUUCUACAACCUGGUGCGCUUCCGCAUCGGGGGCAAGCGGAAGGUGAUGCCCAAGAUGGACCAGGACUCGCUCAGCAGUAGCCUGAAAACUUGCUACAAAUAUCUCAAUCAGACGAGUCGCAGUUUCGCAGCUGUUAUCCAGGCGCUGGAUGGGGAAAUGCGCAAUGCUGUGUGCAUAUUUUAUCUGGUCCUCCGAGCUCUGGACACGCUGGAAGAUGACAUGACCCUCAGUGUGGAAAAGAAGGUCCCGCUGUUACACAACUUCCACUCCUUCCUUUACCAGCCAGACUGGCGGUUCACGGAGAGCAAGGAGAAGGACCGCCAGGUGCUGGAGGACUUCCCAACGAUCUCCCUCGAGUUUAGAAAUCUGGCUGAGAAAUACCAAACGGUGAUUGCUGACAUUUGCCGGAGAAUGGGAAUUGGGAUGGCAGAGUUUUUGAACAAGCACGUGACCUCUGAACAGGAGUGGGACAAGUACUGCCACUAUGUUGCUGGGCUGGUAGGAAUUGGCCUUUCCCGUCUCUUCUCGGCCUCGGAGUUCGAAGACCCCUUAGUUGGUGAAGAUACAGAACGUGCCAACUCUAUGGGCCUGUUUCUGCAGAAAACAAACAUCAUUCGUGACUAUCUGGAAGACCAGCAAGAAGGAAGAGAGUUUUGGCCUCAAGAGGUUUGGAGCAGGUAUGUUAAGAAGUUGGGGGAUUUUGCUAAGCCGGAGAAUAUUGACUUGGCCGUGCAGUGCCUGAAUGAGCUUAUAACCAAUGCACUGCAUCACAUCCCAGAUGUCAUCACCUACCUGUCAAGACUCAGAAACCAGAGUGUGUUUAACUUCUGUGCUAUUCCACAGGUGAUGGCCAUUGCCACUUUGGCUGCCUGUUACAAUAAUCAGCAGGUGUUCAAAGGGGUAGUGAAGAUUCGGAAAGGGCAAGCAGUGACCCUGAUGAUGGAUGCCACCAAUAUGCCAGCUGUCAAAGCCAUCAUAUAUCAGUAUAUGGAAGAGAUUUACCAUAGAAUCCCUGACUCAGACCCAUCUUCCAGUAAAACGAGGCAGAUCAUCUCCACCAUCCGGACGCAGAAUCUUCCCAACUGUCAGCUGAUCUCCCGAAGCCACUACUCCCCCAUCUAUCUGUCCUUUGUCAUGCUCUUGGCCGCCCUGAGCUGGCAGUACCUGACCACACUCUCCCAGGUCACGGAAGACUAUGUUCAGACUGGAGAACACUGAUCUCAAAUUUGUCAGGAAGCUGAAGUUCACCAUGAAAUGGAUUUACUUUUUUUCUUCGAGGAUGGAUGUUGGCUUCUAUUUUUUUUCCUCUUACUUUAAUCCCUCAAAGAACUCUUGUGUGGCUGGGACCUUUAGGAAACUGAAAUGCAGUUGAGAAGAAUAUAAACACAAAAGGAAAGGGCGGCUCACCGCAGCGACCUGUGCUGGGGGAGGUGACGGCUGUGCUGCCUGUGGCUCGUGGCAGCGCAUUCUGCACCACGCUUUAGUUCAAGUGGCUGCAUAUGGGACUGUCAUGAGGUCUUAUUUAGUGUGAUCCUGGCUAGAACGAUAAUUAAAAGUAAUUUGAAGCAACCUUUGAAUGGUAAUCGUAGAAAAUGAAUUUUCUUUCUGUUCAGUUCCUAUUUUUAUCAUUUUGUUUUCUUUCAUUGGAUUGAAUGGAGUUGAUAGAAAUAUUUGUGGUUUGGGUAAUACUUUCAUGUUUCCUAAGGAGGCCAACUGCCUUUUGCAUUACGAAGCCUGGGAAUAAAAUUCUGGGUGUUCUA